CGACGGCGGGCGCGCUUAUUUUUCCUGCGCGGCCGCGUCAAAUGUGGCUCGUCACGACGGCGCCGCGCGCGCCUCCAAUGCCACGGCCGGAUCGUGCACUGUUAUGGAGUGGCGUCCGCAUUCCUAGGUCGCGUAUAAGGCACCCUGCGGCAGCCUGCUGGGAGUCACUCGUCGCUGAUCCUUCGGUGCAGCUUCAGCAGCAGCAGCAUCUCUCGGCACCAUGGGAGCGAAUUACCAGCGGCAGUGCCUGCUCCUGCUGCUGUCCUGUGCUGCGUGUUCCGCUACUUUCUUUGGAGGCGGUGGCAAGGGCGGUGGAGGAGGGGGUGGAACUGCCACUUUUAUCAUUAGUGGUCCUACACCCGCUAUGGGUGGCGGCGGCGGCGGCGGCGGCGGCGGCGGCGGCGCGCCGGGAAUGGGAAUGGGAAUGAACAUGUUCGACGUCAUUGACGUGGUCGAGACAAUCGGCACUGCGGACGUCGACGGCAACGUGCUCGUCGAGGGUGGCGAGGACGGCACCUUGGUGAACUUGGAACCUGGGUCGCCGCCGCAGGUCGCCAAGGUCGAGCCUCCUUCCCCAGGGCCCGCACCUCCACCGGCAUCGCUGCCACCCCCGCCACCCCCACCACCUCCCCCGGUCGAAGAGCCUCCGCCGCCGCCGAGCUACGGGUCUCCGCGCAGGCCGCCCUCUCGGCCAACCGGAGGAUACGGAGGCGGCCCCGCAGCACCCGCUUUCGACGACGAUGGCGGCGACUACGCCGAACCGGCGGCGGAAACUCCGGACAUCGGCGAAGACUUCGACUCUCCAGGAGACAUCUACGGCAGGUCACCCGUCGUCAUCCGAACGGACGACGCCGAGUACGAAGAGACGCCCCCUGGCUCAAGAGCCGCUGGGUACGCGCGCCUGGUGUCGGCGGGAAGAAAAAGCACCCGAGGAUACCGCCCGCAGCCCAAAGCCAAGUCUUCCGCUCGCGCUGCCGCUCGCUACACUAGCGCUCGAGUCACAAAGAAGCCACGGUUCACCAUCAAGCGCUUCCCUAUCGAGAAGUUGAGCGCCGCGUUGCAGGCCGAGGAUCCGCUGGAACUGAUCAGGACUCUGGAAGGCAAGCAGCAGCAACGGCCGCAGCAAGAACAGCGCAGCCAGCGGCUGAGGGGUGUUUACGCCAGUCGCGACCCGUCCAAGACAAAGUGGAAGACGGUCGGCGUGUUCCCGUCGUCGAAGCCGCGGCAGAAUUACAGAGGAGUGGCCACCAACUCGGGUAAGUGGCCCGCCAAUGUGGAGCACCGAGGCCGCAACUACCGCGGCAUGAAACCCGUGGUUCUACACUUGUCCAUGAAGGGCAAGCAGUCUGGAGGCACUACGAAGCGCCCCAAGUGGAUAAGGUCUAUCAUGCUGAUCCCGUCCUCUGUCGACAUGAAGGGAGAUCGGGCCACGGAGAGCAGGAGACGGCACAGAAUCUACCUAGAGGAGUGAAACAGUGCGCGUCGCUCAUGCGCUGAAGUACCGCGCCUGUUUUGGUCGUCGUGUGCGGACUCUUAAGGUAACCGAGAGACUGUCCGUCAAUCGCCGUGCUGUUGCUGCAUCUCGACGAAUGUUUGCGGAUACACCGCUGGUGGCUCUGCCAGCCACACUGUCAAGCGCCUCGGACGUUUGGUGGUGUGAUGUUUGUACAUAACGACAUUCAUUUUGGAAGUUGUCGAGCCGAUGCGCAACUGGAACAUAGUGCCCACGCUUGAGAACAUCCGCAGCUUUCGUUUCAUUUCUUCAUUUUGAUGGCAAAAUAAAUGAUUUCAAGUACAGAUGU